CGGCGACAGGCCAGCCUCAUUUGUCCUCUGCGCACGUCACGUCGCCUCCGCGGAGAGCUCCCUCGUGCCGACGCAGCCAUUAUGUCUCUCCUUGCCGCACACCUCGACCAAAUAUCCUACUCGUGCCAAGGCAUUGACGCGCUCCCCUUCCCCCCGCCCAAGAUCUUCACAAAUGCACUCCUCUCCAACCACGACAUCACCUCACUGAUCCGCGACACCGAGCCGCACGAGCGCGCUCUCUUCUCCGUACCGCCUCCGCCUCCGCCAGCCACCUCGUCCCGCGGGGGCGGCGGCGAACAACCAACGUCCGACGCCCCUUCCGCCACCGCCCGCCGCCAGACUGUCUUCAACGUCGCCUCGGGCGAGGUCACCACCGGUCCGCCCACGCGCGGCUCCACGCACCCGCGCCGCCAUACCGCCGUCGCCGCCGUCCUCGGGGGCGAGAUGCACGACCAGCUGCGCCGCGGCGCCACCGCCCCCUCCGGCGACGUCGACGUUGAGGUCCUGCUGCGCGGGGCCGAAAAGCUGUGCGGCGUCUACGAGCUGCCCGGGGCGCGCGACCACAUCGCCGCCCUACGCGCCAGGUACCGCAACGGCAAGAACACGGCCGCCUACUACGAGGCUAAGGUCGCGGCGCAGGCCGAGCAGCUGGCGAGCAUGAACAAGGGCUGGAUGGACCGAGACGACGACGAGGAGGAAGAAGGCGAAGGGCCCGAGGACGAGAGCGAGCUCUGGACGGAGGAAGACCUGCGCCGCGAGGAGGAUGAGGCGCGACAGAUGGAGGUCAAGAAGCGCGAGCUGCAAGCCCGGCUGCGGGCCAUGAACAAGGACCUAGGCGGGCUCAUGAACAUGUGACGAUGCUGCACUGGCGACAUAAAAGUGUGGUACUACAAUGUACAGGCUUCGGCCUCACACAUCGUGUCCCGACAACGGCUUGCCAGCACUCUCCUCAUCACCUCUGGCCGCCACGAGCUGCUCCAGCAUCGCCGACACGUCCGCAGCACCGUCAACCUCGUGCUUACCAUUGAUGAUGAACUUGGGCACGCCCCUGACCCCCAUCCUCGCCGCCUCCUCCACCUCCCGAUCGACCUCAUCGCCCCCGAGCCCGUCCUCCAGCCACCGCAUCGCCUCCACUCUGUCCACGCCCGCCUUCUCCGCCGCCGUUGCCAGGUCCUCCCAGCUACAAAUGUCCCCGCCCUCUUCGAAGAACAUGCGCAUCACCUCGCGCAUCACCUGGUCUGCCACGGCCUGCCCGUAGCGCGAGCCCAGCUGCACCACGCGGUGCGAGUCGCGCGUUGGGCCAAUGCGGCCCGCAAACGUAAAGGUGAAGCCCUCCUCGGCGCCCAGUUGCGCCAUGCGUGCGUGCUUAGCCGGCCGGCGGUCCGCGCCGAAGCGAGCCGCCGCCACGUCCUGAACGGGCACCGACGGCCCCGUUGCCUCGCCGAGGCGGUACGCGUGCCAGCGGAUCGUAAAUGUCGUCGACGGGAGGGACCCGCCAGGGACGGUCUUGCGGUACAGGGCGAUGGCGCGGUCAAGGCGUGCCCUGCCGAGGUAGCAAAAGGGGCAGACCGUGUCUGAGAUGAUGACAAUUUCGAAGGCAGCCAUUGUAAACGUUUGCUAAACAAUAGCUGAGACUAGAGUUGGUCCGCAAAACACGCGCGUUACAUCUACC